GAUGCAUUUUGGACAGUGGUGCAACUGUUUAUCUGCAGGGAGCAAAGAGAACUGAAGGACUGGGCUGGAAGCACAGACAGAGGGCUUCAGGGCAGGCAGCCCCACCUCCCUUCUCACAGGCAGCAGCAGACCCCUUGGUAACGGGUGGCAGUUGGCCUAGAUGGUCCCUAAAGGCCCUGGUGUGCCCAAGAGACGGACGAAGCUGGGGCGCGAGCGCUGCAAUUGGCUUUCCUGGCAGACCCACUGUGAUGCUUCCUGACUGAUGACGUCAUAAUAGUGCCCAGAAGUCAGAGCGCUGCAUUUCCAGCUGAACACACCUGAGUUGUCCCCAUCACCAUGGAGACCCAAAAAGAUGAAGCUGCUCAGGCCAAGGGAGCAGCAGCCUCUGUGGAUACCCAGGAACAAGGGGCAGAGAAAGGAGCCCAGAACAAGGCCGCUGAGACGACAGAAGGGCCAGCAUCCGAGCCGCCCUCGUCUGGCCCAGGUAGGCUGAAGAAAACUGCCAUGAAACUCUUUGGUGGCAAGAAGGGCAUCUGUACCCUGCCUAGUUUCUUUGGAGGGGGACGGAGCAAAAGUUCUGGGAAAGGCAGCUCCAAGAAGGGGCUUAGCAAGAGCAAGACCCACGAUGGCCUGAGCGAAGCGGCCCGUAGCCAUGAAGACAUUGUCGGUGAAGGACCCGGCCUUUCCUUACCUUUGCCCGAGUCGCCCUGCCAGCUUCCCAGUUCCCAGAGCGCCCAUGGGGCUUUGGAGACAGGGUCCAAGCACAAGACGUCUGUGGUGGCAGCCGUAGACAAAGCUGGGGCCGAGAAGGUUUCCUCUGUGCCCAAGCCAAAGAAAGGCCUGAAAGGUUUUUUCAGCAGUAUUCGCCGUCACCGGAAGAAUAAGGUUUCUGGUGCUGAGCAAAGGGAGCCAGGGGCCAAGGGGCCUGAGGAGGCCAGAGCCAGGCCUCGUGAGCAUGUCAGCUCAGUCCUCCCAUCCCACGCUGAGGAAACCCUUCCAGACCUGAGAAAGGAAAAUGCCAAACCCCAAGAGGUCCCUGGGCCAAAUGUGUCUUUAGCCUCAGAGCCUUCUGUAGCAGCCGCUGAGAAGACAGCCUGUGAAGAUCCAGAAAAACCCGUGGGUGGCUGUGCCUCAGCACUCCUGCAGCCCAGUCCUGCCCCUGAAGCCAGUGGCCCAGAAGAGCCCCAGAGCCCAGAAACAGGGGAGAAGGUGGUGGCUGGAGAGGCAAAUCUACCCAAUGGCCCUGUGGGGGACCAACUGAGCAUCCUGUUUGGAGAUGUCACCUCCCUGAAAAGUUUUGACUCACUGACAGGAUGCGGUGAUAUCAUAGCAGAGCAGGACAUGGACAGUAUGACAGACAGCAUGGCCUCUGGAGGCCAGAGGGCCAACCGAGAUGGGACCAAGCGAAGUUCCUGCAUGGUCACCUACCAAGGAGGUGGGGAAGAGAUGGCCUUGCCAGAUGAUGAUGAUGAGGAAGAGGAAGAAGAAGACGAUGAGGAGGUAGAAUUAGAGGAGGAAGAAGAGGAAGCCAAGGUAGAAGAAGAUGAUGACUUAGAAUAUCUGUGGGCAAGUGGUCAGAUGUACCCAAGACCCAAUAUGAAUGUGGGCUAUCAGCCCACCACUUCACCAGGCCACCAGGGCUAUGUGCUCUUCGACCCAGUUCGGUCUUACCCUGGCCUGGCUCCUGGAGACCUUUUGACUCCUCAGAGUGACCAGCAGGAGUCUGCCCCCAACAGUGAUGAAGGCUAUUAUGACUCCACCACACCCGGAUUUGAGGAUGAUUCCGGGGAGGCCCUGGGGCUCGUCCGCAGGGAUUGCCUGCCCCGAGACAGCUACAGCGGAGAUGCCCUCUAUGAAUUCUACGAGCCAGAUGACAGUCUUGAGGAGUCCCCACCCGGGGAUGACUGCCUUUAUGACCUCCAUGGUCGCAGCUCGGAGAUAUUUGACCCUUUCUUGAACCUUCAGCCCUUUUCUUCCUCUCGACCACCUGGGGCCAUGGAGACAGAAGAAGAACGGCUGGUGACCAUCCAGAAGCAGUUGUUGUAUUGGGAACUUCGGCGGGAGCAGCUGGAGGCCCGAGAGGCCCGAGAGGCACGCGCCCGAGAGGCUCACACCAGGGAGGCCUAUACAAAAGAAGCUCAUGCCAGGGAUGCUCACGCCCGAGAGGCCCACCCCCAGGAAGCUCACAUCAGAGAGGCCCGAGGCCGAGAGGCUUAUGUCAGGGAGGCUUGUGCCAGGGAGGCUUGUGCCCGAGAGGCCUGUGCCAGGGAGGCUUGUGCCCGAGAGGCCUGUGCCAGGGAGGCUUGUGCCCGAGAGGCCUAUGCUAGGGAGGCCAAGGCCAGAGAGGCUCGUGCUCGAGAGGCUCAAAUCCGAGAGGUCCAGGCAUGGCCAGAGAAGCCCAUCAUAGAGUAUCAGAGGAGACCCCUAGGCCCAUCGGUGAUGGGCCUGGUGACAGGAAAAUCAGGGACCUCUCAGACUUCGCACCGAGGAACCACAUCAGCUUUCCCUGCCACAGCGGGCAGCGAGCCGGACUGGAGGGACUUCCGUCCUCUGGAGAAGCGUUUCGAGGGAACCUGCUCCAAGAAAGAUCAAAGUACCUGUUUGAUGCAGCUCUUCCAGAGCGAUGCUAUGUUUGAGCCAGACAUGCAAGAAGCAAAUUUUGGAGGGUCUCCCAGGAGGGCCUACCCUACUUACUCACCCCCUGAAGAGCCAGAGGAAGAGGAGGUCGAGAAGGAAGGGAAUGCCACCGUGAGCUUCUCGCAAGCCCUUGUGGAGUUCACCAGCAAUGGCAACCUUUUCUCUAGCAUGUCCUGUAGCUCCGACUCCGACUCAUCUUUCACUCAAAACCUCCCUGAGCUGCCCCCCAUGGUGACCUUCGACAUUGCUGAUGUGGAACGGGAUGGGGAAGGCAAAUGUGAAGAGAAUCCGGAAUUCCACAAUGAUGAGGACCUGGCGGCCUCCUUGGAAGCAUUUGAGCUGGGCUACUACCAGAAACACUCUUUGAACAACUACCGCAGCCGAUUCUACCAAGGCCUGCCCUGGGGGGUGAGCAGUCUUCCUCGAUACUUGGGACUGCCUGGCAUGCACCCGCGGCCUCCACCUGCCGCCAUGGCCCUCAACAGGAGGAGCCGCUCCCUUGACACGGCAGAGACCCUGGACCUGGAGCUGUCCGAGUCCCACCUGGCCCCGGGCUACAUGGAGUCUGAUGAGCUUCAGGCUCAGCAGGAAGAUUCGGAUGAAGAGGAAGAGGAAGAAUGGGGCCGAGACAGUCCCUUGUCCCUCUAUACUGAACCUCCAGGGGCCUAUGACUGGCCUGCCUGGGCUCCCUGUCCUUUCCCAGUGGGGACGGGCCCUGCCUGGAUAAGUAGCAGUCAAUCGGAUGGGCCUUCUAGCCAGUCUCCUUACGGGCAGGCAGCCUGCUGCGUACCUCCUGCGGCUAUGUCAGCAUUGCUCUCAGUACCAGGGCCAGAGCCAAGGGCACCUGGGGAAUCUGGGCCUCAACUAGCUCGGCCUUCGCACCUACCCCUCCCCAUAGGCCCUUGUUACAACCUCCAGCCACAGGCCUCCCAGAGUUCGAGGGCCAGGCCUCGAGAUAUGCUGUUGCCUGCCAAUGAGCCCAGUUGCUCCUCCAGUUCUGGAGGCUUCGGCCCCAGCCCUCUUCCCCAGGCCAAGCCUGUGGGCAUCACCCAUGGCAUCCCUCAGCUGCCCAGGGUCCGGCCUGAGCUCCUACAGCCUCAGCCCAUUCACUACGGGGCUUCCAGCCUCGACCUGGCAAAGGAGAGGGCUGGGCAAGGUGCCUGUCUCCCCACCAGCUACUCCUCCACUGCUGUGAAAGGGAACCUAGCUGAGUAGUCGUCACCAAUGCUGGAGCGGGGGCACGGGGCCUGAGCAUGUGAAUGGGGAUCUGGGGUUGGGCAGAGGGA